AAUAAAUUUUGGUGCAAGCCCAAUUCUUGAACUAAAUUUGAUUGCAUGAUCAAAAUUUGUUACAAGAAUUGAAGUGAAAUGGUGGAAAACUACACCAAAGCAAAGCAAAGCAGUAUUGGAAUUCGAAGUCUCUUUCUCCAAAUAAAUGAACCAAAUUAAAUCAAAAUAGACAAUUCAUCAACAAGGACAACGAAAUAUUUUACUGGUGUAAAAAAUCUUCUGCCAAAGCUCCCAUAAAUCAAAGUGAUGAAGCAGUACUUCAACUACGCUUUCACCGAGUUUGAGGAUCCCAAAUUUGCAGAGAGAGAGUAAGAGAAAGAGAAGCCCAAUAAACGGAGAUCAAUGAAGGGCGGAAGCGUAGUUGAGGGAUUGGAAAAGAAGAGGAAGAUGGAGGAAGAAUGGAGCUCCAUCUUUGCGUCCAAACAGCCCCUUAGCCGACUCCAUUUCCCUCCCAACUUCACCUUUGGCGUUGCCACCUCCGCUUUUCAGGUCGAAGGUGCGUGGAAUGAGGGUGGCAGGGGUCCUAGUAUAUGGGAUGCAUUUUCGCGUGCUCCUGGAAAUAUUUGCGAUGGUAGCAAUGCAGAUGUUUCUGUGGACCAGUAUCAUCGUUACAAGGAAGACAUUGAGCUGAUAGCCAAAUUGGGAUUUAGAGCUUACCGAUUUUCCAUAUCAUGGAGUCGUAUUUUUCCUGAUGGUAUGGGGACCAAAAUCAAUCUCGAAGGAAUAAGGCACUACAACAAUGUUAUCAAUGCACUUCUAGACAAAGAUAUUGAGCCGUAUGUUACACUGUACCAUUGGGAUCUUCCCUUAAAUCUUCUAGAGUCAAAGGGAGGUUGGUUAAAUGAACAGAUUGUAAAUUACUUUGCCAUCUAUGCAGAAACUUGUUUUUCUAGUUUUGGGGAUAGAGUUAAGAAUUGGAUAACAAUCAAUGAGCCUCUCCAAACUGCUGUGAAUGGCUAUUGUACUGGAUUUUAUGCCCCCGGAAGACGGGAACAUCCUUCAACGGAACCAUACUUAGCUGCUCACUACCAACUCCUAGCUCAUGCAGAAGCUGUUUCCAUCUAUAAUAAGAAAUACAAGAACGAGCAAGGAGGGCAAAUUGGCCUGGUCGUGGACUGCGAAUGGUCACAAGCUUUGUCAGAUAGAGUAGAAGAUAUAGAUGCUGCAGCCAGGCGACUUGAUUUUCAGUUGGGCUGGUACUUGGAUCCAAUCUAUUUUGGAGACUAUCCUCAAUCAAUGCGCGAAAAGCUUGGAGAUCGCCUGCCAAAAUUUUCCGAGAGGGAUAAAGAGUUGCUCAAGAACUCAGUAGACUUUAUUGGUUUAAACCACUACACAAGUAGGUUUGUUUGUCAUGCAACAAACGGCAUCGAAGAGAAUGAUUUCUAUAGAGUCCAGGAGGCUGAAAGAAUUGCUGAAUGGGAAGGUGGAGAGAUGAUUGGCAAAAAGGCAGCAUCGUCCUGGCUUUACAUGGUUCCUUGGGGUUUAUGGAAAACGCUCAAUUACAUUUCUUCAAGAUACCAAAAUCCAGCGAUCUACAUAACAGAAAAUGGCAUGGACGAUGAAGAGGAUUCCAUGUCUCCACUGGAUGCGAUGCUAGAUGAUACGUUACGAGUUUCCUAUUACAAGGGUUACCUGGCAGCAGUUCAUCAAGCAAUUGAGGAUGGAGUAGAUGUUCGCGGCUACUUUGCAUGGUCGUUGCUGGACAACUUCGAGUGGCAUCUGGGCUACACUAAGCGUUUUGGUCUCGUUUACGUGGACUACAGAAAUGAUCUAACCCGGCAUCUCAAAUCUUCUGCUUAUUGGUUUCUGAGGUUCUUGAAAACUGAACAAGGUAAAAGUGGCAAACUGGAAUAGCCUUCGUUGAUGCUACAAGAUUUCAUAGGCAACUUUUCUAGUGUUUUAUAGGAAAAGUUAUCAACACAUGUAUUCAAAUUGUUCUUGUUACUUGGUCUUCAUGAUAUGUUAGAAAUGUUUUUAAGUUACUAGAAGAUAUUAACGAUGACUAUAAUUGGUCUUAAUUUUAUUGAAAUAAUGAAGAUUUUAUCCA